CUCCCGGACUUCAACUACAAUAGCGAUGCUAAGCAUGGCGACCUCACAACCUCCGGACACGCGUUCAGAGUUGUCAGAUCUCGUGAAAAAGAAAGCAGAACUUCAAGAAAAUCUAGCGAGUCUAGAGAGACAAAUCUAUGCUUUUGAAGGCAGUUAUCUCGAAGAUACGCAGAUGUAUGGCAACAUCAUUCGCGGUUGGGAUGGAUAUCUAUCCAGCAGGCAAGGAGGUACUAAAGGUGAUAGAAGAAACAGGAAAUUUAAAGAAUCAGAACGACUCUUUUCAAAAUCGUCAAUCACCUCACAUUCAGCGAAUACAAUGGUUUCUGCUGAUUACACAGCAGAUCGUAAAGUUGUAUCCAAUAUUUCAGCACAACCUGAUGUAUUAGGAUCAUCUACUGCAAGUGGUGAAGAGGUUCAUGUGAAAGAAGAAGCGAAACCAUCUUAUCAGUCAGUGAGUCGUGGCGGCAGCAGUGAGCCGGGGUCUCAAGGAGAGGGUGAUGAUGCUCCUAUGGAUAGUCAUUCCACUGUACAACAUCGAAUGGUUUCCCAUGAACUAAGUGGUCUGCAGCCACAAUUGCAUGGUCAUAAGCAUCAUCACAAAGCUCACAGGAAGAAGAAAAGCAAACGCCACAAAAACGAAAACGUAAAAAUUAAGAAGCACAAGCCAAGACCACUAAGCGAUGAACUCGAUGACUAUUAGCCAGAGAUAUUUUACUCUAACCAUGCCCACUGUUCAUAGUUGUUGACUGGAAUGAUUGCAGUACAGUUUAAAUAUAUUGCUCGAAUGCUAUACGUAUAAUUGCUAAUGACGUCAUUAAUAAAUCAAAUAAACAAGUUUA